GGGGGCGAGGAGACCUCCGGGUUUUUCCAGGAGAUGCUGACGGGUCACUGUCACUUCACCAACGGCACCGAGCGCGUGAGGCUCGUGGUGAGGGUCGUCUUCAACCGGCAGCAGUACGUGCACUUCGACAGCGACGUGGGGGUCUUCGUGGCCGACACCCCCCUGGGCGAGCCCGACGCCCGGUCCUGGAACAGCCAGCCGGACGUGCUGGAGCGGAAACGGGCUGAGGUGGACACGAUCUGCCGGCACAACUACGGAGCGUGGACGCCUUUCGCCACGGAGAGGAGAG